AUGUCGCUACAUAAGCACAAGCAUAAGCACAAGCAUAAGCACAAGCAUAAGCACAAGCAUAAGCACAAGCAUAAGCACAAGCAUAAGCACAAGCAUAAGCACAAGCAUAAGCACAAGCAUAAGCACAAGCAUAAGCACAAGCAUAAGCACAAGCAUAAGCACAAGCAUAAGCACAAGCAUAAGCACAAGCAUAAGCACAAGCAUAAGCACAAGCAUAAGCACAAGCAUAAGCACAAGCAUAAGCACAAGCACAAGCACAAGCACAAGCACAAGCACAAGCACAAGCACAAGCACAAGCACAAGCACAAGCACAAGCACAAGCACAAGCACAAGCACAAGCACAAGCAGAAGCACAAGCAUAAGCACAAGCAUAAGCACAAGCAUAAGCACAAGCAUAAGCACAAGCAUAAGCACGAGCAUAAGCACAAGCACAAGCACAAGCACAAGCAUAAGCACAAGCAUAAGCACAAGCAUAAGCACAAGCAUAAGCAAUAA